CUUCAUUCAUUCAUCCAUUCAUUUAUUCACAUUCAUUCAUUCAUUCAUUAAUUUACAAGUGCUUGUCUCAUCCUUUUUUUUUUUGUAUGUAUGUUCAUCCUUUGAACAAAGCGACUUGUCUUUGUUUCUGUUUCAUCUGGGCUCAAUAAAUGUCCUAUACACUUGAGAAUUGAACUUCACUCUUGCCACUUUCUCUCUCUCUCUCUCUCUCUUUUGUACACAGACACACACUUUCUGUCAUAAUCCUUUUUUCCUUACUUCGAUUAAUUGCCAAUGUUAGGCCUCUUCAAGAAAAAGGAGGAUCCUUCUGCCUCCAAUAAUAAUCAAAGCAAUAGUUCAAAACAACGGCCACCACCCCCGUCCAAUGGCUUACAUGGGUCCAACAAUAGUUCGAACAACCAUGGCAAUACUUCUGGAUCUCCUCUCACCGGUUCAAUGAGUCCAACAGGAUAUUCACAACAACAACAACAAUAUCAACAGCAACAGCAACAACAGCCAUUACAACUCAAUAACCCUAAUCUAGUGCAGACGCAAGCAUCAUUCCUUCCAUAUACCGCGGGCGGUCUUCCUUCACCACAGGUACAUAGUGCAGCACCAUUACAGGCAGCAACAGGGUCAAUGCUACCAACCCCACAGCUAUAUUGGACACAACGUCGUAUCCUCGGCACCAAUCCAUUCCCUCGGUUCCAACAUACGAGUUCAGUGAUCACGAAUGGAACAGAUAUCUAUUUAUACGGUGGCAGUCAAGAUGGGAACACUAAAGGCGAUCUCUUUAUUAUUGAUUCUACCUCGCUUGAGUGUCAGCUCAUAAAUGCAGCAGGGGAUGAACCAUCUUUGCCCAAGAGCGGACAUUCUGCUGUCAACAUUGGACAAUACCUCAUCUAUUUCGGUGGUCAGAAUGCAACAACAGGUCAAUGCGAUGGCACCUUGCAUGUGCUGCACACUGGAAGGAAAGAAUGGAACAAACCUCCGAUUCAGGGACCUUUGCCUACCCCACGUCAUUCUCACACCGCUGUCAGCAUUGGCACAAUCAUGUAUAUAUUCGGUGGUCAAAACAACGACUUUUAUAUGGACGACAUCAAUGCCUUUGAUAUGAUGACAAUCACACAAAACCCUAGAUGGGAGAAACUAGAGCCUCAGACAGAAUCGCCUCCUGCGCGUUCUGGCCACUGCGCUUGUGCGCAUGAGGGCAAAAUCUAUGUUUUCGGAGGAGCAGAUGUAGAUUAUUUCUAUAAUGAUAUCUGGUGUUUCGACCCAAAGGCUCUGACAUGGACUCCAAUCCCCGCCUCAGGAUAUUUACCCACAGGUCGUCAUGGCCACUCUUGUACAGUUGUAGACGGGAUCAUGUAUAUCUUUGGAGGCAACAGUCCCGAUGGCUCUGAAUUGAACGAUGCUUAUGCCUUCAAAAUUCAUGAGCGCCGAUGGUAUCUUUUCCAAAACGUCGGAACAAUUGCGAGUGCAAGGAGCGGUCAUACAAUGUGCACUGUCAAGGAUAGGAUAUAUGUCCUCGGAGGAGCAUCAGAGCAGACAAAAUUGGAGGACUCGGCACUGAUCUAUUAUUUGGAGAUUUCCAAGAUCCGCUAUCCUGAUCUUCCACAAAUGAUUCCCCCUCGUCAAGCAUCAUCACAAAGACUCUUGAUGAGCAGCCCACCACCAGACUCUGUACACAGUGACUCUGACAGGAAUUCAGGCCAAAAUCAACACCAACAACAACAGCGGGGACCACCAGAACGUCCUGAUCGACCUGACCGACGUACUACACAGCGUCCUACAUCCCCUCCAAUGUUUUCGCCUUCAGAUCGAAAAGGAUCUUUCUCAAACCCUACAAUCUCACAACAUACCAACCAGUUAAUGAACUCACAGAUGGGACAGCAUCCUAUGACCUCGUUUGCUUCCCCACCGCCCCCACCACCGCGUGGAAUCAGUGCAGGCGCAGGAUUCUCACCCGCCAAUAGUGCUAAUGUCGGUCCAAAUGAUUAUCAGGCUGAGGGACUUUCUGUCGCUACGAGGCGUCAAACAUUAAGGGAUGAUUUCCAAGGAGGCUACGGUGGAGCUGUCAUCGGGACUGCCAGUCCUAUCAAUAGCCCCAUCGCUAGCCGAAGAGCGAUCCAUCCAAUCCCCUCGAGCCCCAGUAUGGGCGCUAGCCCAUCACCGCUCAGAGUUAUCAACGUCUCUCCGACCAGUCCUCCACCUUCCUCCCGAUCAUUUUCUGAUAUUGGGGCAGACGACACAACCAGCCCCAUCUCUGCACGACCCAACAAAGAUCAUCAUAGCAUGGACUUUGUUCCUCCACCGGGAACUGGAAAGGGCCCGGUAGAGGACAUUAACCCAUAUGCAAUGGAGGCCAUUACACCUGGCAGUACUAUGAGUCCCAUGGUUCAAAGUCCUAGCAGCACAGCGUCUCCGAGUGCAUAUAUUCCUCCACCUCCUUUAAUGACUUCUUUCUCUGCAGCAGUCAGCGGCUCUGAGGGUCAAAACAUCAUUGCUAAUUCAUCCCCCCGUUCGCCUCUCUCUGGGGUCAAUUCACACCUGCCUCCUUCGACUAGUGCUGUUCCUGGUUCAGACAGAAAGCCAGGUCAACCUGCGCAAGCCUCUACUCCAAUUCCAGGACCAUUAAAUGACCGUUCAGCGUCGCCUAUCGCUGGAAAAAAUAUGACUACACGUGGUUCUGGUGGCUCAGCAUUUGCAUUGGGGCUCGGCACCGAUGGAUCGUCCACACCUGUUGUUACAUCCGUUCCUGAAAAAUCUGCCCGUCGUGUCUCUGUCCAACAACAACAACAACAACAGGAGGUGAUGAAGAUGAGCAGAGUCGUUCAGAGUGAGAACGAGAUGCUGAAGCAGGAGGUUGAAAAGUUAAGGAAGCGAGAGCAGUGGUUAAUGGCAGAAGUGAUCUUGACUAGAGAUUCAUUACCAGCACCGACGAGUGGACAUGGCAAGAAACAGGAAGGAAAUGAUGAUCCAUCCUCCCUGAGCUUGCAAGAAAAACGAUUGUCAAUGGUGGAUUUGGAGCGUGAGUUGGCCAGUGGAGAACUGGAGGGUCAACAACUCAAGAUCAUGAAGGCCUUGGUCAAAGUCAAAGAAGAGCUCAAGACUGCCAAGAUGUCAAUUGUAACUCAGGCACAGACAGCUUCAAAUAAGAUCAAGGAGGCGGAACGGGUCCGAACAGCAGCACUACAGGAAGCGGCGUAUUUAAAAGCAAAGAUGUCCUCAAUGACCAAUGCUCAACAGGAUCCUGGUGCCCUUGCUCGUGUAGAGAUGGAGCGCGCAGCAGAUCUGGAAAAACGGCUGACCAACGCUCUUAAUGAACUUGAUGCAAUGGAGAUACAGUAUCAAAAGGCUCAAGAAACACUUGAACAGGAGAAACGAUCUCGAAUUGCUGCAGAGGAACGGUCACAAGGAUCGAUUCUUUUGGCAGAUCAAGCCCAAUCAGCUCAUACACGUGCGCUUGCUGAGAUUACUUCACUUCAUAGUCGAGCCUCUAAAGCCGAAGCUGAAUCUCGAGAGUAUGCAGCUCAGCUUGCAGAGACCCAGGCUGGAGUGUCAGGCCAUCAAUCUCAAUCCUCGGGGUUGCUUCAAAAGGUCCAGAGCUUGAAACAGCAGGUGGAGGAACAGGAGCUGGCAUUGGAACGAGCUCAGGUGGCCUUUUCGGUCGCUAAUGAUCGUGCAGCUCGUGCAGAGGCUCGGUCCGAAGAAGCAGCUCAAAAGAUUGACAGGCUGGAGAGUCAGCGGUUUGAGCUCUCGACUGAGGCAAACCGAUACAAAAGUGAGGCUGAAAGGUUGCAAUCCAAGGUGGAGGAUCUGGAGAACCGAUGGCAAGUCUCGAAGGAUGAGGUGGCCACGCUUAGAAAACUGGUAGAGGAUGGACUGGGCGCGUUCAGUCCACGGGCCAGGUCUGAGAAGAUAACACCGGAACGGAAACAUGAUAGCAUUGCGAUCCUUAGCACAGUCUCGAGGGUUUCAGAAUUGGAACAUGAGCUCGCGUCACUGAAGAAACUCCACAGUGUCUCUCAAGCAGCAGCUACCAAAUCAUCCUCAGAGCUGGCAGAUGCCAUGAUCGAGCUCUCGCGUUUGGAACAAGCAUCCAUGCAGGCCCGCACCGAGACUAUCUCACUUCAAAAGCUGUUGUCUCAUGAGCGUGAGGCUGCAGCCCAAUUGAGAAGCAAUCUGGUCAAGACCGAGCAGCAGCUGGAAGAGAAGGUCAAGGAAUUGGAGGAUCAUGAAGUGCAAUUGGGAUUGUUGCAGGAUGUGAUGCGUGAGAAGGGUAUGAUUGCAGAGGAUAUCGUUGUUCAUGCUCGCGCGCGUGGAACGCCCGAAUAUGCAAUCGAGUUGGAAGGAAAGGUUCGUGCAGCACAGGAGAGGAUUGAAGAAUUGGAACAAGAGCUGAAAGAGGUUCGUAGCCGCUUCAAUGAGCAAUCAGUUGUACUUGAGAACCAACGCCAGAAUGCAAACCAACAGGCCGAAAAGAUGUCAAUUUUGCUUCGCAAGAUCAAGAAGGACCUGGAGGAGACCAUCAAGGAGAAGGAAGAGGUUGAGAUUGUAUUCAAGCAACUUCAGGAAGACCAUGCACACUGUGAUGAUCACGUCCAGGAGCUUUCGACCUCGUGCGAGAAUUUGAAGGAGCAGGAAGAGGAGCGAAUGAUGAUGCUAAAGAUGCAUUGGGAGGAAGAGCAUCAGGAGUUGUCUGGACAGAUUAAUGAUUUGCAAAAGAAAUUGGAGGAGUCGGAGAUGCAAUCCUCAGAGCUAUCUCAAAAGGCCAUUUCAGCGACUGAGCGACUUCAGGAGGUCGAAGCUUUGAAUGAGGCGAUUUCAGAUGAGUUGGAGAACCUUCAGGGUCAGAUGGAAAGCAUGAAGAAGAAGGCUGCUAAGACUGAGGAGCAACUCAAGGCAGAUGUAGAACGACUUGUGACAGAGAUCCACCAGACUCAAGAGAAGCUCCAUGCCAAACAGAGCGAGUUCAAUGAAGCUUCGGAGCUGAAUGAGCAGCUCCAACGUGAACUUGAACAGGCUCUGCAGGCACAGAAUCAGAGUCAGAAUACGAAUCAAGGGUCCACUGCAGCCAUUCAGCGUUUGGAAAGUGAGCGUCAGGAUCUGGAACAGCGGUUGAAGAAGGCUCAGGAAGAGAUCCAUAUAUUGGAGGGUGACAACUCAGUUCUGGAGGCUAGGUUGGCAGAUGCAGAGAAGAAGGUGGCUCUUUUGCUCGAGGACAUGCAGAGCAGCAUGACUGAUGUUUCGAAUUCGCCUCCUAGUUCAGAUAAUCUUGCAGGGAUCCACCAGCAAUUGACCAAUCACCUUCGCCUUAACCUCAGCAACCUCAAUAGCCAGACCACAUCAGGCUCUGCUAGUUCCUCUCCCUCAAUUUUGAAAAACCAGCACCAUCAACAGAGCUCGCCCGUUUUGACGAAUGCACAGCGUCUGAUCAAUAAUGCCAGGAGCGCUAGUCAAGGCAGUCGUAGUAGCCAAGGUAGCCAUAGCAACAGCCCAGUGAGCCAGAAUGCUACCACUACUCUUUCUCCACUUGGAUCCCCUACAUCCAAGAUUUAUCAUGCGACAAAGACGAUUUUAAACAGGACAAAGUACAGUAACCAAAACAGCACUAUUGGCACUAUUGGCACUAUUGGCAAGCAGCAGACGCCUCAUGUAGGCGAAUAUGAUGCAGGCGAGCAUGUUAAGCCGAGUGAGCACCAGCAACGAGAUCUGGACCGUGAUUCUGUUGACUCGAUCACCCGUGAGUUAGAGAUGUUGAAAGUCCCAUGGAACAAGAAUACGCCGGCCUUUAUGCAACAGCAGCAGCAGCAGCAACAACAGCAACAGGUUCCUCAGACGUACCAAUACUCUGGCAAGCUGAAUGAUCACAAGAACCAGUUUUAUAACUAUAGCGAUGAAAGUAGUGAGGGAGAUAACGAGGAAGAAUAUCUGGCGCAUAUGAAGCAGCAACAGGAACAACAACAACAACAUUUCAAAGAUACCCGAUCUUUCAAUGAAAAGAGUACUUUGCGAUUGAAAGAGUAUGAGCAGAUGAUAGAUGAGAUUGAGAACUCUAGAUUACAUUAAGCAACAUUUUAAUCAUUAUCAAAUAGUAAAACAUAAUCGUAC